GAAUCAGGAAGGAAAGAGGUGAACUAAGCUUGCAUUAUAUAGUCAGAUGAGCAGAAUAGGGAAGAUGAUCUAUCUGUGGACAAGAUUUGAGCAUCACUAACCCAUUGGGAAAUCUGUUUCAUGACCAUUGAGGCAACUGAUUCAUCCUUCCCCAAAAGGUCAUUCCAAAGUAUCCCUAGAGACAGAAAAAUAUUCUUCAGCCUGGUGCUUCCCUUGAGGAAUAAGAAACAUUUUUAUAACAUCUGAUUAUGUCAAAUUCCUUUACAGAAUCUGAGAAGAUGCAAAACAGAAUUGUGGUCCUUAUUAUCUAUAUUACUGCCUUCCUCGCUGGUCUUCCUUGUAAUCUCCUGGCCUGCUACUCCUUUCUGAGAAAAGUACGUCGCAAACCUGUCCCCAUAGAUAUCCUGUUGCUCAAUCUGACCUUUUCUGACCUUUUCCUUCUGAUCUUUUUGCCCUUCAAGAUGGCAGAAGUUGCCCUAAAUUUCAAGUGGCCUCUCCCUUCCAUUCUUUGCCCACUGGCAAACUUCUUCUUCUACAGCAGCAUUUAUAUCAGCACCCUGUUCCUCAUGGGAGUCAGCAUAGAGCGCUAUCUGUGUAUUGCCUACCCUGUUAAGCACAAGCUGAACCGCAGACCAACCUAUGCAAAAAUUGCUAGCCUUUUCUUCUGGUUUUUGGCUUGUUCCCAUUGCGGUUGCAUUGUCUUCAUUGUUCACUACCUCCCUGGGAGUCCAUGGAGUCGUGCAAAUAAUACUACUUGCUACCAUGAAUUCUCCGCUGAACAACUUAACAUUGUCCUUCCUUUCCGCCUGGAGCUCUUCUUUGUCCUCUUCUUAAUUCCUUUCCUUGUCACUGUUUCCUGCUAUGCCAAUGUGAUCCGCAUCUUGAACACCAUGCCAAACAUUAAGCCCGAGAAGAAGCAAAGGGCCAUGGGCUUAGCUGUGGCUACUGUGCUCAAUUUCACGGUGGCCUUUGCUCCCUACAAUAUCUCCCACGUUGUAGGCUAUGUGCAGAAUCGUAGCCCUCCCUGGAGAAUAGAGACAUUCUGCCUGACUUCCCUCAAUACAGUGUUGGAUCCUGUUAUUUUCUUCUUCUCUUCCUCCACCAUCCGGAGGACAUUUACAGAAUGUUGGAUUGGCAUCUGCAACAAACUCCGGAAUCAUAGAUCAGCCUGCUAUCCAUGUUGCUGCAGGUCUUGUAGGGACAAUGCCAAAAAAAGAGAAACUGGUGAAUUAACUCUUAGAAACCUCCCCAGUAUACUGGCAGGAUCUAGUACACCCACACCUUUUGCAACCCUUGAACCAUCUGUGACAUUAGACGGGUGAUCACUCAGAAAAGUAGCAUCAUACAGAGCAGUAACUUCUGACUCCAAAGGACACCUAAGCUAAAAAUGAUCACAACGUCAAAUAUAUCCAAGCAAGUGUGAAACUUGAAAAAAUGCCUGCAGAAAUUUCAUUUUGAGUGACAACUGAUGAUCAAAUCACGUUUGAAAAACUUGGCUGCUCCUGAUUUGCUUGUAGCAACUUUGAGUUAUUUUGAUUGUCAUCAAAGAUAAGAUGACAUCUGCCUAUAGAUCUCAGACUUUCAAGACUUUCAGAGAAUUCCAUGUUCGCUUUUUUGCGAAAGAAUCCAAACUUCACAAAGAGUAUUUGAGACUUUGUCACAGGUAAACAAUAAUACAUAUGAAUAUCCAGCUGGGUCACAGAUCUUUGUCCCCAACAUAUGAAUGGGUACAAUGGAACACACUGAUAACACAAUAAAUAUUUUCUCAUAGCAGCUUUUAUGAUGCCCAUCCCCUUAGAAAAAAAUUCACUAGGUGAAAUAAUGAGCUGGUACUGUUCAAAACCCCAAACCAACUAGAUCAGGGGUGUCAAACUUCUGGCCCACGGGCCGGUUUCGUCAUACCGGAGCCGCACCCACCCCAUUGCCGGCAAUGGCGAAAAAGCUCCGAUACGUCAUGCGAUGUCACGUGAUGUCACGAGUUUGACAUGCCUGAGCUAGAUCAUUCUUUUCUUUUAGCACUUGAUUGCUGCAUCUCCACUCCUCUGACAGUCACAGAGCCUGUGAUGGACCAGUAUCUCUUAAAAAUAUUUGUCCAAUAUGAUAUCUUUGUUUGAAGGAAUUGCUUGUGUAAACUCCUCUGAAAUGCAAGGUUUCUUAACCUUAAUUAUAUUUCUGUUCAGUUGUUUAGUUCUUUGGCCUUAGAAAUAGCUAUCCCAACUUUUAAAUCUCAGAGUAAGACCGGGAGGGAAAUGGGACAGUGGCAACAUUCUGCCAGCAGAAAACAACAUUCUAAGAGGUCACAUCUGCCUAGAAAAUUCACUGGCCUAGAUCUACUUUUGGCAGGGUUUUUUUUUUAAUCAGGACCUGAAAUGAAUGCUGAUGUGAGAUUACUUUAAAUCUCUUGAAUCUAAUUUUCAGUUUUGUGAGAAGCCUCAGAUGCAACAUUCACAUAUGUCAUUCUGGAACCAACGUAUCUUAUUUCACCUUGUUGGUUUUGAUGGAAAAUUGUAUGAAACUAGAUUGUGGUAGAUAAAACUUAUAGAGAUUCAGUAGAAGCCAUCUGCCUGACACCACAGGGAAAGAAAUAUCUUUAUGCUUUUUGAGUGAUUACUGUUGAAGUAGCUGCAUGUAUACAAAGCUCUAGGCCUCAGGUGUGUAUUUUUCUAUACUGAAAUAAAUGGCUUGGUUAUUUUUCUUAGAGGCUGUGUUCAUUCUUAUUGAAAACCAGACAAUGUGUUGACUCUGAGAUUACUUUCAAGGAUGGG